UCCGAGAACGAAAAACCAAAAGGGGAGGACGAAGAAAGGCGAUCUGAUGGCUGCGGUGGCGGCAGCGGUGGCGAGGGGGAAGAAGAGGGGGACAGCUGUGCUGUCCAUCGACGGGGCGGAUGAGGCGCCGGAGGUGCGGGUGGCGCGGCUGAUCAGGGAGAACCCCGCGGUCAUCUUCAACCGGCGGGAGUGCUGCAUGAGCCACGUCAUGAAGCGGCUGCUGGCGGUGGUGGGCGCCCACCCAGCGGCCAUCGAGCUGCAGGAGGCCGACGAAGAGGCUGCCGCUGCCGCGGCGGGGGACGGCGGGCUUCCCGCCCUCUUCGUCGGCGGCGUUGCCGUGGGCGGCCUCGAGGGCCUCAUGGGCCUCCACCUCCGCGGUGGUCUCGUCCCCAUGCUCCGCGAAGCCGGCGCCCUCCGCAUCUGACGCGUGUCCCAGUCUGAUGGUGGAGCCGACGCAGGGUAAUGCUGUAGUUCUCCUCCCAUCUCUUUGUUUCUCCCUUCUCUGUAACUUUCUAAAAGUAAUCUGUGGGGAUCGAGUAAGAGUUCUUCUUCAUCCUUGCCUCCCGGGGAAGGGUGCAUGUCUCCACCGUAAAUAGGGAGCGUAUCAGGAAAGAGGAAACCAAAAGGGCUAAAAGAGAAGAAGCACGGGUCCUUUGUACUGCAUGGUGAUGAGUGGAUCUUUGUUCUAAUGCGUUUUAACCCUUCCUUCCACUGGUCUUGGUUGUCUUCUACUGCAAUCCUCACGAGCGAGCGAAAGCCAUGGCCGGUUGGAAUUGGGUGGAGGAUAAGAACGCAGGAAACGCCUUGUCUGAUGUCGUAAGAAGCGGGCGUAGGCCGUAGCGUUUACGUCAAUGGUGGUGGUGUUUGUAAUUAAGAAUUGGUUUGGUUGGUGUAAUCAUUGACUUGUUUAUAGUGUAAUUGAUGGUUUGAUUCGCUAAAUUCGAGUUGGACGAGAGU